AUGCCCGGCCGCACCCUUCCGACGAUUCCAACCGCCGAGGUGCGCGCGCACAACAACGAGAAGUCCUGCUAUGUCACGAUUGGCACCAAGGUCUACGAUGUUACCGACUUCCUUGAUGGCCAUCCCGGUGGCCCCGAGUUCAUCCUGGAAUAUGCGGGCAAAGACAUCGAGGCAAUCCUGAAGGACGAGAUCUCGCACACCCAUUCCGAUUCCGCAUAUGAGAUUCUUGAGGAGAACUUGGUGGGCUUCAUGGUCCCCGAAAGUCUCCUGAAUGGCGUAGUCAAGAGCUCGAAUCCUGCAGAUAUCGUGCCUCUGCCAUCUUCCGAGGUUGGCAAGCUGGAGCUCAAGGGCAUGGAACAGGACGGCAAGCCGCUGUACGAAGCAACCGGCAUGUCAUCUGCGGAAGAUCUUUCAAGACCGACGGACCCGAACCAGGACUACAAGCAGCACAAGUUCUUGGACCUGAGCAAGCCGCUUCUGAUGCAGGUCUGGAAUGGUGGAUUCAGCAAGGACUUUUACCUACAGCAAGUGCAUCGCCCGCGCCACUACAAGGGAGGCGACUCCGCGCCGCUGUUCGGUAACUUCCUGGAGCCCCUCAGCAAGACGCCGUGGUGGGUCGUGCCAUCGCUCUGGUGGCCCUGUGUCGCGUAUGGAACAGCCGUUGCGUUUGGUGGACUAUCCUCCGCGACGGAACUUGCUGGGUACUGGGUCUUUGGGCUGGGAUUCUGGACCAUUAUCGAAUACGUCCUGCACAGGGGAUUGUUCCACUUGGACGACCACCUCCCCGAUAACCGCGUCGCGAUCACCCUCCACUUCUUGCUCCACGGCAUUCACCACUACCUUCCCAUGGACAGAUACAGGCUCGUCAUGCCACCUACACUCUUCGCUGUCUUGGCGGCACCGUUCUGGAAGUUCGCACACGCGAUCAUAUUCUGGAACUGGUAUGCCGCUCUGGCUGCCUACUGUGGUGGUAUCUUUGGCUACACCUGCUACGACAUGACACAUUACUUCCUCCACCACCAGAAGCUACCUCCCUACUACCAGCAACUCAAGAAGUAUCACCUUGCGCACCACUUCGCCGACUACCAAAACGGUUUCGGUGUCACCAGCCGCUUCUGGGACCGCAUCUUCGGCACUGAGCUUGAGAUGGGACCCUCCAAGGUCAUCAAGUCGACUUAG